AUGCUUGUGUCUGAAUUGAUUGAUCUGUUAGGAUACCCCCUGGGCAAAAGUCAAUUCAUCGGCAGCUCCAGUGGCAUCUACUUUGUAAACACAGUUCGACGAGCCUUCAUAAGUGCCAACACGCGGCUGUCGUCUCGUCUUCUCGAUACGACGCACCCGACUCCUGAGGAAUGCAUCGUUGCUGACGGUGAGGAUGAGCAGCAAAGAACCAACGAGUCUUCUACGGAUGCCUCUCUACUACCGUCUUCUUUUUGCUAUGGCCCUGGAAUACCUGCUGGGCUCGGCAGACCACCUCAGCCGGAAGUUGCAAAGCAGCUUUUCAUGACGUAUUUCCAGACAUGGCAUCGCUUCUUUCCCUUUUUGCACGGUCCAACUAUCCUUAAGAACAUGGAGGAUCUGUAUAGUUCUUUUGAUCAACACGGUGCGGCUUCAGGGCCCAUCACGCCAAGGGUCCCAAUGACACUUUCAAGAGCCCUCAUCCUGCAGUGCAUCUUCAAUCUCGCAAGCCUGCAUGACAGCAGCCAACUCCCAGUAGCAUCCGAGAUCCAAAAGCCUACCGACGUGCUCUCUUAUCUUCCCGGCCUUGCAGUCAAGGGAGAUCUUGUUUCUAUCCAAGCCCUCUUUGCGGCUGGUCUGCUCCUGGUCGCUCGCAUGUCUCUCCGUGCAGCUGCGGUUGUUAGUGGCCUUCUAUCCCGAGCCGUCUUUCUGGCAGGUCUUCAUCGUUGUCCUUGCCGCUAUGCAAAGCUUACGGCGGAUGAUUGUGAUAUUAGAAAGAGGCUUUUCUGGUGUAUCUAUGUCUUUGAUCGUUAUCUCUCCCAGGCUCUUGGGCACCCGUUGGGAAUCCAAGACUCUGAUAUAGAUGUUUGUCCGUUGAAUGGGCCUGAGCUUCACCACCCUCAGCUCUUUCCUACUGUCCCUUCAAGUCAUAAUGACGUUACUUCGCCAUUUUCUGGGCGCUCAGCGAACUCGCCCAGUAGCCAGUUCAGGGAUAUUCCCAUCUCCUCAAGACAGAGUGAAACAGGUUCAGGCAGGGCAACAAGCGAGGACAACUCUAGUCAGAAGCAUCAUCGUCAUUCAAGUUUAUCCUUUCAGGUCCAAUACUCGCGUCUUCUUGGUCGUGCCCUGGAGCUCUUCCACAAAUCACUUCACAUUCGAUCCAUCGACAGCGGGUCAAUUCUCUCACUUCAAACAGACAUCAACGCAUUGUGGAAUGCACUGCCUUCAUCUCUACAAGAAUUUGAUCCCUCAUCUAAUGCUAGUACUGACGGAAACCAAACUCAAAUUUUCAAUGAAUCGGCACACUUCAUCCUGCUCCACAGUCAAUUAGUACUUUUAAUUCAUCGCCCUAGGCUAUCUCUGGAGCCAUCUACCCCAGAGUUCCAGUCCGCGAUCCAAAUCUGCAUCAGCGAAGCGCGAGAGAUAAUUAAAAUUAUAAACAAGCAGCACAAUGCAGGGUAUGCUCUGUUCUGGCCGGGCUAUCUCUCCGUCACAUGGAUGGCCGGCAUCGUGUUGGCCUUUGCAUGCCAACUGCGGCUCUACUCGGUGGAGAAAGGCAAGAGGGAGAUUGCUAUGUGCCUUGAGGCCCUGCUUCAUAUGUCCGAGCGAUGGAAGCUUGCAAAGAAUUGCCACGCUGUUCUCUCGGAUCUUACAGAAGCUUUCCAGGAGAUGGAGCAUACUGCAAAGAGACCGGCGUUUGAUAUCUUGGAUUCUACAUCCAAUUCUGUACAUCCACCCUCUGUUCAAGACCCCGUAGGCAGGGACUCAGUAUGUUCUACUGUGAACUCUGAAACUCGUCCCAGGAAAAGAGCAAGGCCAGAUCCAGAAUCGCGUUCCAGGUCAAAUCAAAACAACGAUGGAUCUGGACAGCCUUCUAAUCAAAUAUCUACCAAUAUCGUCAGCGCGUCCGCGGACGAACCACUGGGAUACAGCUUUGGAAUUUUUAAUGCUACGGACCCGGCCAUUGAAGAUGACUUCCGAUCUGUUGGUGAUCCAGGCAGAUUAAGUAAUUGGGAGAGUGGGAUGCCUGACCUGCUGGCUGGCAUUACUUGGGAAUCACUGCUGGGAGGUAUCAAUCAGGAUGAUCCAACCUGGGAUAAUGCAUUUUUCUAACCAAUCCAAUGCAAAUGAGACUCAAAAAUAGGGAGAGUAAACUAAUUUAAAUUAAUUAUAUGAAAUAUUAA